AUGUUGCCAACUGUAUUAUUACUCAAAGACAAAGAAGUUUCAUAUGAAAAACCAUUUGCUUUACACAAUUACGAAACAAAAUUUCUUCCUAUUUUACAAUUUAAUUUAACCAAUGCUGAGGAGUUAUCAACAUUGUUGAAAAAUGGGCCUGAUGCUUCAAUAAUUUGGGGUAUUGUAGUGACUAGUCAACGUGCCGUAAAAGCACUCGCAGAGGCUUGGAAAGCAGCAGAAAAUGAUAUAUCGCCCAAUAUUCAAACCAAAUGGAAAUCUCUGCCCUUUUUCGUGGUCGGUAAUACGACUGCAAAUAUCGCGACACGCGAUCUUGGAUUUACUCCAAUUGGAGCAAAAGAAUCCGGAAAUGCGGAAUUAUUAGCAGAUUUUAUUGAAUUACAAAACAUUUGUGAGAAUGAAGAGCCAAAUACAAAUCAAGAUCAAGAAAAACAGAUACCAUUCAAUUGGGUAGUGUUUUUUAGUCCAUCAGGAGUUGAUUUAGCAUUACCUACGUUAAAAAAUCUCAAGUUCUGGAAAUGGAUCAAAGUUGCGGCUAUUGGGCCUACCACAAAAGAGCAUCUAAUAAUGAAUAGAUCUGUUGACGUUAGUGUAGUCUCGCCAAAACCUGAUCCUCAAAGUUUGGCUAAAGUUAUAUUUAAAUAUGACUCAUCGUUUCUUAAAUCUGACUCAUUUUCUUCUGUUUGA